ACCGAGAGACCGAUCACAGUUCUUCACUGUGCUCAAGGGCUGCAGAAGGCAGUGUAGGAUUUACUGGCCUGUUAUUUUCAGUGCAGCAACAACCCUCUGCCUUCUCUAUUCAUUCCUGCUAUUUGAUUGCAGAGGAGGAAUGGAUUUUGAUUUACCUCCUACAUUGCCCUUUGGCGGGAUCCCUUGGGACCGUGUACUGCCCCCCUUGCUGCCUCACCUAAACGGGACCCAAAAAACUGCCUCAUGGACUCCGGCUGAACUGCUGCUUCCAGUUACUGAGCAUGCCGGUGCAGCACAGGUUGUUUGUGACCACAAUGGAUUUACAGUGCAACUUGACGUAAAGCACUUCAGCCCUGAGGAGCUCAUGGUCAAAGUCACAGGGAAUUAUGUUGUGGUGGAGGGAAAACAUGAACAGAAAAAGAAUGGAUCAGGGCUGGUGACCCGGCAGUUUAACCGACGCUACCGCAUCCCAGAUGGAGUGGACAUCAUGGCCCUGCAGUCGGCAAUGUCACCGGAAGGAAUGCUUAUGAUUUCUGCACCCCUGCUACAAGGCGAAACCUCUGGACCACUCACACACUCUAGACCAUAAUGAGUAGACAGACACAUACACUGAUGGGAACAACUAUUCAGACAUUUUGGGUUUUGUUAUGUAAUACGCUUCCAGUUCAUAUACCCACUUUAAAUUUAUACACACAGUUUUUUGACUUUGAUAACAUAGGUAUUGGUAAGCAUAAACAAAGACAUGAUUUAAGAAGGAAAUUGAUAGUAAAAAAAAAAGUUUGAAUUAAUGACAAUAGUGCUGUGUUGCAAAGUCAGCUUUGAGACACCUGUGGUAAGAAGUGAUUUGCUGUUGGCAGCAUUGCGGUUCAGUUAUAGUUCAUUCCUCUUUGAAAACUGUCCCCAGUUCCUCAAGGUCACAAAGGACCCUCUGAUGGACAAGCAAUUUCAUAAUCCUCCAUAAAUUUUCAAUAGAAUUCAAGGAGAUUAUCUAGGCACCUUCACCUUUUGACUAGUCUUGGCUGUAUGGUUGGGGUGAUUGUCUUGUUGAAUAUCAUGAUGGUCUCCACUGUGUACUUCACUAUAGGUACAUUGUUCUUGGGAUUAUAUGCGCAACCUUCUUUCUCCAAGCAUAGAAAGUAUUCCUAUUUUUGUCUGACCAGAGUAUGUUGUUGCAAAAGAUUUCUGAUUUGUAAAUGCUCACAUAUCUUUGUGCUUCUUUUUGAGAGGAGGAGUUUGUGUGGGGUGUGGGAGUUUACUACUUAUUGUUCUUUUUGUAACUGUUGUUCCUGCAGAAUUCAAGUUAACUCUUUUCUAAUGACUGCUCUUCUAUUUGACCUUCUUUAACAUUAGUCAGAGACAGCACUGUGAAAUCUUGUGUGGUGCACCCAUCUGGGGGUGUUUACGGUCUUUGCUAUGGCUCUGUUGCUUUCCAAUUCAAGUGUUGUUUGACAAUGUUGUCUUUGAGAACUUUAGGAAGCUCCCUUAUCUUCACCAUGAUUGCUACUUGUUGCAUGAAACCUUCACAAGCAACAGCAAAGUCUUGUACAACAAUUUUUUUUCAGCACUGAUUUUUUUUAAACAUAUGUUUAAACAUGUGUUUCUGCUUAUGAAUGCAUACGUUUUAUGGUUAAUAUUUAUAAUUACGAAGUCAAAAGACACUAAGUGUGUCUAUUUGUGGAUAUCAUGCGCUGGAAGUAUAUUAAAUAACAAUAACAAAUACAUGUUAAAUACUGAAUACAUGUUUCCCUUCACGGUAUAAUAGGCACUAAUGGGGAGACAUGCCAACAAAUCAACCUGCCACUAUUUCUGUCAUUUUUCCCCCCCAAGCUUUCACCUACACUCAAAUGGAUGAAGUAAAACAGACCAACUCCCCCCGUGCCAAUUCCAAACAUACUUGAUAGCAAGCCAAACUACACAAUAUUAAUCCUUUUUGUUCUAGCAUUUUCAUGCAGCCAGGCUUUCAGGACUGAUGAAGCCUUCUGAUCCUAAUCCAUCUCAAUUUUCAACAUGAUCCAAGUAUACUAAAUCAUUUCUGUUUACUGACAAUGUUUGCACAUAUCAAAGAUGAUGGACUUCUCAGACUCAUCAGUUACAUUAUUAACUGACGUGUGAUGAGUUCAAGACUGUAUAUUUUGCUAAAUAAUUGUUUGUUUUAUAAGUGUUAGGUGUGAAUUAGCAUUCUGUGCACGAAUCUGUUCGAUACACUGUGAAAAAGUCUUUAAAUAUAUUUUUUUUCCAAAGCAGUUUAUUUACAUUGUAAUUAUCUUCACAUAAGUAUUUCACAAAAUAAAUGCACUGUGUAUUGACUUCCAUGAAUAAACAUGAUUGUGUGUUUAA